AUGAGAGCAGCCACACCGUACCUAUGUGCGCUGUACGUGGCCACGGCCGGCCACCAAGGAAACCUUCUUGGAUCUGAUGAACAGGAGAUCGUCUUGCUCAUUUACGUAGUCGUUGACAUGACAACCAACACCGUUGUAGGCAUCCAGCAAUAUUUGGUGAAGCCGACCGAAGUUGACCAAAACGAAAACAUGCUGUCUGAUCAAGUCACGUCAGACAUAGGCAUCACUGAAAAAAUGGUCAAGACUUCCGGUAUUCCCUUGCAGGAUGCCAUCGACAAGUUCGACACCUACGUAAAGUCACUGAAUAUCGAACCUCAAGCACCUAUGUUUCGAAUAGUAACAGAUGGACAGCUUCCAAUCCGUCAGUGUUUGCACCGGGAAUCAUCCAUUAAAGACAUUGAACUGCCUGAAUACUACAACGUAUUCCACGACCUGCGGAAGGACUUUUCCAAAUUCUACAACGCACCUCAAGACCAAACUUUUAACUCAAUUACAGAUCUGGUUAAUUAUCUAGAAAUAACUCAUGAAAUCGAUUCUCAGUUCUACGUAGCCGAGGUCAAGGAUAUGGUAAACAUUGUCCAAAGGCUCAUAGCUGAUGGCCAUACGUUCAAUUCGCCGGAAAUCGUUCAGCUAAAACUCGAACCGGGUAUUUGUUGGAAAAAUGAAGAAGUAGAUAACAAUUGUGUAGUCAGAGCAAGAGGUCUUCCGUGGCAAUCAUCUGAUCAAGACAUAGCCAAGUUCUUUCGUGGUCUUAAUAUAGCCAAAGGUGGUGUAGCAUUGUGUUUAAGUGCGCAUGGUCGUCGUAACGGUGAAGCAGUUGUACGUUUUGUGAACCAAGAGCACAGAGACAUGGCUAUGAAAAGACAUAAGCACCAUAUUGGUAGCCGUUAUAUUGAAGUGUAUAAAGCUAAUGGCGAAGACUUCAUAAAUGUUGCUGGGGGUAAUAGUAGUGAAGCCCAAACGUUCCUCACCAAGGGUGCCCAAGUAAUUGUGCGCAUGAGGGGCUUACCUUAUGAUUGUACAGCUAAAGAUGUCAUUACUUUCUUUGAAAAUGGUGAGCAAACUUGUUCUGUAAUGGACGGAGAAGAUGGUGUUUUAUUUGUUAAAAAACCUGAUGGACGUGCAACAGGUGAUGCGUUUGUUCUAUUUGCUGAUGAAGAUGAUGCUCCUAAAGCACUUAGUAAGCACAGAGACCUAAUAGGCACGAGGUACAUUGAACUAUUUAGGAGUACAACAGCUGAAGUACAACAGGUUUUGAAUCGUGCAAUGGACCCAUCCGUGCGAUCAACAGCUAGUGAUAGCAAUGGCAACAUUACCACCCCAGUAACAACAACAGCUGGAGUAAAUAAUUCGCCUACUGCACUUCUUGGUCAUGUGCCGCUUCUGCCAUUGCCUCAGCACGUCAUCACUAGUGGCACACGAAAAGACUGUAUACGCUUACGUGGACUUCCAUAUGAAGCAAAUGUAGAACAUAUACUUGAGUUCCUCGGAGAACAUUCCAAAAAUAUUGUAUUCCAAGGUGUACAUAUGGUUUACAACUCUGUGGGUCAUGCAUCUGGCGAAGCAUUCAUUCAAAUGAACAACGAGGGCAGUGCUGCUCAGGCAGCAAUGGCUAAACAUCACAAUUAUAUGUCUUUUGGCAAAAAGCAACGGUACAUCGAAGUGUUCCAGUGUUCUGGUGAAGAUAUGCAUCUGGUGUUGACUGGCGGAGGUGCUGCGUCAGGAGCUUUAUCCCCAGUAGCUGCCAAAGCGCUAUUAUCACCACCUGGUAUGUUACCUGCACAGCCUCUAAUGACCACCAGCCAGGUGGCUAAUCCUGGUACCCCAGUCCCCACCCUAAUGCCCGCUUGGGAUCCAAUGUCCGUUUACGCCCAGAAUUUAGCCCAAACCCUAGCCCUCCAGCGUGCGGCUGUGGCAGCUGCCCAACAGCAACAACAGCAGCAGCAACAACAACAGGAAUCAUGGUUGUAUCAACUAGCUCAGCAUAAUCAAUUAAUCAAUCUUGCUAUACUCACAAAACAGCAACAAGACAUGAACGGUGGCAUGGCACAACAGCCUAAUAUUCAAUCUAUAUUAUCUCCGAAUGCUGCUCAUCAUUUGUUGGAUAAUAGUGCCCAAAAUUACAUGGCUAAAACUGCAGUUUCACCAUAUAUGUACUUAAAUAUGCCAAGAUUUCCACACAACAUGGCGCCUAAGCCUUAUGUGCCAGUUUCGGCUGCUGGCGGUCAGUUUGUCAUGCCACCAACAGCCAAUUCGCCACAAAAACGUUCAUGGCAACAAGCAUUUCCUGGCGGCCAUGAAAGUUCCAAUAAACGACAGUUUGCACCACCGUCUGCUUCUGCUGCUGGGCCAAUGUUUCAAAUGGGCCAAGGCCCUAAUGCAGCUGCCGCUGCAGCCGCAGCAGCUGCCAUGGCCGCAUCGUCCCCUUAUCUACAACACCCUGCACAGUUUUAUACCAUCUAA